GGGGCACGCGCCCAGCGUCCGGCCCAGGGCUCCUCCGGCCGUGUCGGGGCUAGGUCGGGGUGGGGCCGCAGCCCGGGGCCGGAAGGCUCUCCGAGCCCCCGAUUGAUUCCCGCGAUCCCGCCGCAGCCUCAGUUUCCCCCCUUGUUCAUUCAUCCUCUUCACGGGUCAGGAGCCUCCGCUCAGCCGGACUGUUUUCGUAAUCACAGGACUGAAAGCCGCGGGCGUCUUAGAGUCCAAUCUCCCGGUUCUAGAAAUGGGGAAACUGAGGCCCAGAGAAGGGGAGGUGGACACCAAGGGCCCGAAGCGAUGAGGGUAUGCUACACACCUCAAGAUGCGGGUCUCUGGCCUUUGGCUGGGAAUAAGCCCCCAAGCUUCCCUGUUUCUAGAAGCCACUAUCUGAAGCGAGAUCCCUCCUGGUCACUCUUCUCUCCGAUCCUCCCUGACAAUGUCUACCCUAAUUCUCAACUUGGACUUUGGGGACUGUUCUCCCCCAAAGAAGGCAACUGAGGGGAACCACAGGCACCAGCGUUUCAUCCAACGACAAAGGCGGAUACAGAGGAAUCUUAAGCAGAAACAGAUGCAGGUCCCUGCUAGGCCUUCAGGAUCAGGUCAUUCGAAACUCCAAAAUAAAGGGGGGGCCCUUAGCACAAGUAGUAAACAGAAACUCCAUCUCCCCCCUGCACCUAUAGAGGAGACACCCACUCAGAAAAAUGGAAUUGAGAAGCCCUUGAAUAGGAAAGUAUCAACAGUGUCUUGGUUGACACCUGCUCCUUCAAGGAAGACCAGUUCAGUAUCUGUGGCAUCUAAGGUAGAUCUCCUGUCAGAGUUUCAGAGUGGCCUCUGCCCCCUCCCACCCACCCGAACCCUCCCACCUGCGUCAGAGAAGGGCUGCAACAAGAAGAUGGUGGCUCUUGACUGUGAGAUGGUGGGCACAGGGCCUAAAGGCCAUACCAGUUCUUUGGCCCGGUGUAGCAUUGUAAGUUACAAUGGUGACGUGCUAUAUGAUGAAUACAUUCGUCCUCCCUGCAAAAUUGUUGACUACCGGACCAAGUGGAGCGGUAUCAAGAAGGAGCAUAUGAUUAAUGCCACUCCUUUCAAAGUGGCCCGGAAAGAGAUCUUGAAGAUACUUGUUGGCAAGAUUGUAGUGGGCCAUGCCAUCCACAAUGACUUCAAAGCCCUCCAUUACUUUCACCCCAAGCCCCUUACCCGAGACACUUCCCGAAUUCCUAUCCUUAAUUCCCGGGCUGGCUUCCCUGAGAAUGAAUCAAUCUCUUUGAAGCGUCUGACCAAGCAGCUGCUCCAUCAGGACAUUCAGGUAGGGAAGAGCGGACAUUCCUCAGUUGAAGAUGCCAAGGCAACUAUGGACCUCUACAAACUGGUGGAAGUUGAGUGGGAGCAACAGCUGGCCCGGGCUCCUCCCUCUCAGGAGUAGGGGAGGUGGGGUUUGGGGACUGGUGGUCAUUUCGGAGAGAAUACAUCAGACUGAGGAUAAACAGGACUUAGGCUGGAGCUGUUGGGAAGUGAGUCUAUCCCAGACCCAAUCUCUCCAACCAUAGACCAUUGAAAUUUUUACCACGGGUGUUGUGUCCUAUUUGUCUAGAAUGUUUUCUCUCUCCGUCCCAGUGAAAGGAUGGGAUAAGAGGAAACUUUGAAAGCCAAUCUUGCUGCCUGCCCCUUACAUUGGUGUUUUAAGCUGGUCACAAGACCCAGCACGCCUUGUUCCAGCCAGGCAACUUGACUAACAGAACAGGGCUGGGACAUGUAGUUUCCCCAAAUAUCUCCCCUAAAUCAUUACGAUCGUGAUGAGUACUUUUGUCCCAAAGUACCAUUAGUCAAUGCCACUUUUUGCCCAGGACACCCUCUUCUUCCUGUCCUUGAUAACUGGAGGAGUCACCUCUGAUGAUCAGUUGAUUCUCUGUUUUUUCACUGGGAUGUAGGAAGCAAGAAAAUCAACUUUUUCAUGGUUAAAUUUUUUCAAAAUAUCCUCUUCCCUAAGGGGAAGAGGUAUUUGAGUCCUAGGUGCCUGCUGAGAAAGCAUUUAUGUUUUCAAUGCUCUCCUUCACGUUAAGUGAAGCCUCUAAAUGCCCAAGUUACUGCCUUGUAAACUCACAAAGGAAUUUUUAUAAAGGAAGAAGUAUUGUUUCUUUGCUACUUAUUAAACAGAUUUCAAGACAA